CACAAGUUGUACAUGUAAGCAUGCGUGUCUUCCAAAACGGCACCGUUCCUGAUUCCAAAAAGGCAAAAUUAAUAUGAGGAACUGAGCAAAAACAUUGCUAAAAAACUUUCACCUAAUUGUAAAUGUAAAAUGAAUUCAACGUUCCACAUAUUUUAAAAAAUGAUUAUGAGAGUUAUUCCAGUGUUUUUACGAUCAUAUGUACCGACAGUUAAUGGCAAACAGGGGAGAAGCGGUCGGUAAAGUGUCCCCAGAUCGCUUUGGUGCCAAAACUUGACCUGUUAUUUUCCGUUGAAAAUUAAAUUCCUAAUUUUGAAGGAAAAAGAAAAAGAUAAAGAAGAAAGCUGUAGGAGAAAGAGAGAGAGAGAGAGAGAGAGAGAGAGAGAGUUCACGUUCGUAUUAGGCGCUCGCUCUGACUUUUCAUCGUACAUUAUCUUGCGGAACAACAAAUUCUUAACAAUUGCGGUACCUUCUUCACCUGUCUUUCGAUUUAUAUAUAGAGAGAGAGGGAUAUCAAUUUUUGCCUUUGUUAAUUGAUCGAUAUUAUAAUCGUGUUGUCAUUUCGGUACCUUCUUCUGUCUUUCAAUUCGAUCCGAUCAUUUCAUAAUUCAAUCCCCAUUGUCCGGAUUACAAGCUUCUUUCUUCUAAUCUAUGUAUAACAUUUGAAUCACCAUUUGGAGGUUGGAUCUGAAGAAUAAGGAGCUGUUGCUGCUGCAAUUUCUCCUUCCUGGUUAUUCAUUCCGACUUAAUAAAGUGACUUUUGGUCUUAUAUUUCACUUGCCUCCUCAAGGUUUUGCUUUUAUGACUCUCUUACAUUUACAUACAUCACCGACCACUUUUCUGUCUAUUCACCCUCGGGUACAGUUUUGAUGAACAAGUUCCAGCCUGGAAGCUGCUGCUCAGGAACAAUUUCUCUCAUAAUGGAUGUAAAUUGUCUUCUGAACUUGGGUUAGUUAUGGAUGUGCCUGAAUAGCACCACUGUUUUCUACAUAUUUUUCCACUGUCUUCAACAUAGCAUUUAUCAAUGGGAGAGUGGGUUAUUGGAGCAUUCAUCAACCUCUUUGGCAGCAUUGCCAUCAAUUUUGGGACUAAUCUUCUUAAAUUGGGUCACGACGAGAGAGAGAGACAUUCUGUGGUUGGCAAUGAUGGGACAAAUGGAAAAGCAUUAAUGAAGCCUAUUGUAUACUUCCAGACAUGGAGAAUUGGUAUUCUUUUUUUCAUUCUUGGGAACUGUCUUAAUUUCAUUUCCUUCGGCUAUGCUGCACAGUCCCUUCUUGCAGCUCUGGGAUCUGUCCAGUUUGUGUCAAACAUUGCAUUUGCCUUCUUUGUGCUAAAUAAAACUGUGACCGUCAAAGUACUCGUUGCAACGGCCUUUAUUGUUCUUGGAAACAUCUUCCUCGUGGCUUUUGGAAAUCACCAAUCACCAGUUUACACACCUGAGGAGCUGGCAGAGAAGUAUGGCAACACUACUUUCUUGAUUUAUUGUCUCAUUCUGGUCAUAGUUGUGUGCUCAAGUCACGCAAUAUAUAGAAGAGGAGAAGUGCUGCUAGCUAUUCCAGGGAAUGACAUAAAACCCUACUGGCAGAUGCUUCUUCCACUUUCUUAUGCUAUUGUUUCAGGCGCUGCGGGAUCAUGUUCAGUGUUGUUUGCGAAGUCGCUAUCAAAUCUGCUAAGAUUGUCCAUGUCAAGUGGGUAUCAGUUGCACAGUUGGUUCACAUACUCAAUGCUUCUAUUAUUUUUUAGUACAGCUGGAUUUUGGAUGGCUAGGCUGAACGAAGGAUUGUCUCUGUAUGAUGCAAUACUCAUUGUCCCUAUGUUUCAGAUUGUUUGGACAUUUUUCUCCAUUUGUACAGGAUUUGUAUAUUUCCAGGAGUAUCAGGUAUUUGAUGCAUUACGAACUACAAUGUUCAUACUAGGAAUGAUUUCUGUAUUCAUAGGCAUUUCUUUGCUGGCACCUGAUGAAUCAAAAGGGAUUUUGUCAGGAGGGGAAAUCAAAGAUACAGCUCUGAUUUCUGUAGCUGCAAGUCAUCCAAAUGAUAUGGACAGAUUUGUGACGCCUUAUGAGGAUUCACAAAUUAAAGACGUGAGAUCGCUUGUGCGUAUGGUGCGCACGAAAGCUGCAAACUAUAUGGUCAAGAUUAAGGCUGCUUAUUCAUUAUCGUGGGGUUUCGGAGAAGAAUCAAUUCACGCGUCAUCAGUUCUUGUGAUGCCCAUGGUUUCAUCUAAAAUAACUGGUUUCAGAGGAAAUAUUGUUGAUAAAAACAAAUUAUUCUCCUUUAGAGGUAGAGGUUGGAGUAAGAUUGAUGAGGAAGGUGAAAAUUUGUUGCAGACUACAACAAUACUUCCGCACAGCAUGAAGUAGGACUAAUUACCCACACACGUAACCUUGAUUCUGUUGUACACACACUCACUGUCAAUUAAAUUUCAUACUAGAACUCUUGUAUUUCUGUAACUCACUCUGUAGUAUGAUUUCCCACGUACAACUU